GAAUAAUUUUAAGAGAUAACAGGAAGCAUUGGAUAGCAUCCUUUCUUUGAAAAAAAUGGAAUCAAUCGGGGUGCUAAUGACUUGCCCAAUGCACAGUUACAUCCAAGAAGAGCUCGCAAAACGCUUCAACCUCUUCAAACUCUGGCACUAUCCCUCGUUCUCCGCCUUCGCCCAAGCCCACGCCCAUUCCAUUCGCGCCCUCGUCGCAAGCGCCAAAGUCGGAGUCGACGCCGCCACCAUCGAUUCCCUUCCCAACCUCGAGAUUGUCUCCACCUACAGCGUCGGAUACGACAACAUCGACCUCCACAAAUGCAGACACAGAGCAAUCCCCGUCACCAACACGCCCAACGUUUUAACCGACGACGUGGCCGACGUAGCCAUCGCCCUCGCCUUGUCCCUCCUCUGCAGAAUUUGUCCCCGAAAUUCCACUUGGCAAUUCACACCAAAGCUUAGUGGUAAAGCGGUUGGAAUAGUUGGGCUGGGAAGGAUUGGUUGGGCGAUUGCGAAGAGAGCCGAGGGUUUUGGGUGUCCAGUGAGUUACCAUUCCAGAUCUGAAAAAUCAGAGACAGGGUAUAAGUAUUACUCUCACAUCAUUGAUUUGGCGGCUAACUCUGAAGUGCUCUUUGUGGCGUGUACCCUUAGUGAAGAAACGCGUCACAUUGUGAACCGUGGGGUUAUUGAUGCGUUGGGCCCGAAAGGGAUUCUGAUCAAUGUUGGGCGAGGCCCGCACGUGGAUGAGCCCGAACUGGUGGCCGCGUUGAUUGAAGGGAGACUAGGUGGGGCGGGCCUUGAUGUGUUUGAGAACGAGCCGGAGGUGCCUGAAGACCUGCUGGGGCUUGAGAAUCUUGUCAUGACCCCUCAUGUGGGGACUGACACUCUGGAAACUUGCAUCGCUAUGGGAGACCUUGUAAUUGCUAACUUAGAGGCACACUUUCUUGGCAACCCACUUUUCACACCUGUCCUUUAGAUCGCUGGCUACUACCUUGCCAGAGCUCAGUUACAUUUCAAUUUUUCUACUUCAGUGAGUUGUGGAUAACAGAAAAUAAAAAAAAAAAUCAUCCAUUCCACUUCCUGUUCACAAAAUGCACAUCACGAAUUCAUUCUAGAUAAACACAUCCCAAGUUAUUUGUAUCAAGCGCACAAAUAACCACCCUUAAACGAUAUGAAUUCAUAUAGAAGAGACAAUACAUAGAUUAAGCAUCUUCAUAUGCCAUCCGGAUAACAUAGACCAAUAGUAUGUGCAUUGAUUACUUAAACUAAAAUCUUGCCCCGACCAAAUUUUUUCAGAAAUGAACCACGACAUUGGACGGGUGGCAAUGAAAAAGGUGCAGUGAAGAUGCAACAUCUAGUAGAUGUUAUCGUCCAAUAGAUGGUCAUAUGGAAGAUUGACCACGAGAGGGCUGGUAGUGGCGGUGACAGUGUACAUGAUGAGGAGGAGGAAGCUGAAGCUUGCGAUGACAUGGAAGCUGACGACGUCUGAAGGAGGAUAACAUAAUAGGAAAAGGAGGGGCAGGGAUUGUGUACCGCGGGUCCAUGCAAACGGAA